CUGACAUAUCUUAUCUGGGGUGAUAUAAUCCAAUGGCUGCCAAGAAGUGUUCCGGAUGUUGACUUAGAAUAGGAGUAAAGUGCGUAACAAAGUGAAGGGCAAACUGGCUCUACCAGAACAACAGGAGGUGACCAGGAUGGGAGGGCUAUAACGACUGGUGUUGAUGCGCAGAGCAGGCAUGGUCACUCAACACUCAGCUCUCGCACGAAUGGAGCUCGUCUGCUGACCUAUCCGCAGAUACACCAGCAGCAUGAGAGUCCAAGGAAUCCUCAGAUUUACAGUAUGGGUCUUUGCGUUUAUCCUUGCGGUUUUUUUUCUCCACAAAGCCCUUGAAAUACACAUGGAUUUCUUCAAGAACGUCAAAGUCGUGAAGGCAGCCCUCAAAGAAGACAGCGAGACCUCAGAAGUCAUCAAGCCCUCCACCUACGUUUGUGGCCGAACGAAGCCCUGUCCCGAAAGACACUUCGCGUUUAAGAUGACCAGUGGGGCUGCCAAUGCAGUAGGGCCCAAGAUUUGCCUGGAGAACACCAUCCUGAUGAGUGAGGGGAAAAGGAAUACGGGAAGAGGAAUGAACAUUGCCUUAGUGGACGGACACAGCGGGAACCUCACUAGGACUGCUAUCUUCGACAUAUACUCUGGAGACGUGAAGGAGCUGACGGCUUUUCUGAAAACCAUCACUUACGGGACGAUUGUGAUGAUUGCCAGCUUCGAUGAUGCGGCAUCCAAGCUCAAUGACGAAGUGAAAAAAAUGAUUGGUGAGCUGGGAAGCACAAACAUCACCACAAUUGAAUUUAGGGAUAGCUGGGUCUUCGUGGGAGGAAAAGGAAUCAGAUCCAAGAGUCCGUUUGAGAAGAUCAAAAAGAAGAAGAUCGAUGGUGACAUGUAUGAUGGCUGGCCUGAGCUCGUGGAGAUGGAUGGGUGCAUCCCACAACGAAAUCUGUGAACCCUAAAUUCCCAACCCUUGACCCUUUUGUCAGUGGCUGACAGCACACGGCUCUAUAAUAUUCAUCUGGCAGACAAAUGUCUGAAAUUGAAUAUUGAGUAUGAGUAAAGGCACUUGUAAAACUAAGAUGAGACAGCUGGUAGCAUAGUGGUUAGAGCCAUUGUUCUUGGAUCCAAAAGUCACAGGUUUGAUUCCCCCUGUAGCUAUAGUAUCCUUCAGCAGCCUAGUUGCUCCAGUGAAACUGCAUAUGUGUAUGAAUGUAUACUUAAUUAUAAGUAACUUAAUGGAAAUCACUUUAGAGAAAAGCGUCAGCUAAAUGAUGAAAUGUAAAGAAAAUAUGUACUUGAACUCUCGUUUGGGUCAUUUCAUGACCUGUUGUUAGUAAUUAAUGGUUCUGUAGUUUCUUUUCCAACUAAUGUCUGAAGUGGGUUUUGUGAAAUGUUUACAGUGAGAGAUCACUUUCACUUUUGCGUCAGCGCCACUUGUAAUUAUGCCGAAAAUUAUUUGUGAUAAUGUAAACUUGACAAGAUUUUUAAUACCGUGAAUAUUUUUCCUGUCUGUAAGGCACUUGCUGGGCCACUGUGCCACCCAAUAAUGGCAAAAUAGAACAACACACACACACACACACACACACACACA